AUGGCAGGGGAGAAAGGUCCUAACAAGCGGAGCGCCAUGGACAUCAAACGCCUGGCGAGUCUCAUCCAGAGAGGGACGGGCCGCCUGCUGGUGAUCGACAGCAGGACCUUUUCUGAGUACAACGCGUCGCACGUGCAAGGCGCGGUCAACGUCUGCUACUCCAAGUUGGUGAAAAGGCGACUGCAGCAGGAUAAGGUGUCUGUUACCGAGUUGCUGCAGCCCAACUGCAAAGUGAAGGUGGAGCUGGGCAGAAAGCAGGAAGUGGUGGUUUACGACCAAAGUUCCAAAGAGGCAGGGCACCUGUCCAAAGACGGUUUUGUGCACAUCCUCAUGGGAAAGUUGGAGGGUACCUUCCAUAAAGUCUCCCUGCUCACCGGAGGUUUUGCAGCUUUUUCCUCCUGUUUCCCCGGCCUGUGCGAGGGGAAGCCUGCCACUGCACUCCCUAUGAGCUUGUCCCAGCCCUGUUUGCCUGUGGCAAAUGUAGGACCUACUCGCAUCCUUCCACACCUCUACCUGGGUUCACAAAAGGAUGUUCUCAACAAGGAACUGAUGGCUCAGAAUGGCAUCACCUAUGUGUUGAAUGCAAGCAACACCUGUCCCAAACCAGAUUUCAUCAGCGAGAACCAUUUUAUGCGUAUCCCAGUGAACGACAACUACUGCGAAAAACUUCUGCCCUGGCUGGACAAAACAAAUGAGUUCAUAGACAAAGCUAAGGUGUCAAACUGCAGAGUGAUUGUGCACUGCCUUGCUGGAAUCUCACGAUCAGCCACCAUCGCCAUUGCUUACAUUAUGAAGACAAUGGGCUUGUCAUCUGAUGAUGCUUACAGGUUUGUAAAGGACAGGAGGCCGUCCAUAUCCCCCAACUUUAACUUCUUGGGUCAGUUGCUGGAGUUUGAGAAGGGCCUGCGGUUACUACAAGCUUUAACCACUGACGACAAGAAGUCUGAAAACAACUCCAAACAAAGCUCAGAUAUUAAUGGUGUCUCUUCUGGAUUGGAGAUCAACGGUCAUCUCAACAGCAGUGACUCAUCUGUAGCAGAUCAUCACGCCCAGACUGAACCCAAACUGCCAUCUCCCACCUCCCUCCAGCAGGGCUUUAAUGGCCUGCACCUCUCCGCAGAGAGAAUCAUGGACACUAACCGGCUCAAACGCUCCUUCUCUCUGGACAUUAAGUCUGUCUACUCUCCUAACAGUUCACAUUGCCCCAGCAUGGCACCCACUCAUUCUGAAGACAUCCCCAAAUUGUGCAAACUUGACAGCCCAGGGACAGGCACCUCCAAUGGUGUCUGCUCACAAUCGCCCAUCCUAGACAGCCCCGGCUCAUUCGAUUCUCCAUUCCCCUCACCAAGCAGCGGGGGCAGCAUAGGUGGUUUGGGUGGAAGUGAUGGUGUCCAUCGGUCUGGUACCUCCUCAUCCAGAUCCAGACGAAAAACCAAGCACAGCUGUGGCACUUCUCCGGUCCAUUCGCAUCCACAUCAUCCUCCACAGACCCUCAGCUUGUCACUGGACCACAAGAGCCCAAGCCUGGAAGAAAAUCUUAGGGGCUCCCCGCUGCUCUCACUACCCUCCCUGCCGACUUUAGGAUCUGGGGCUAUGUGGACCAAACACAGAGACACUGUUCAGGCUACAACUCCCGUCACCCCAGUUACUCCAACCACAGAUGCUCCCUGGCAUUUUGGAGCAGAAGAAGGUGGCAAGGGAGAAAUGGAGCUGGGAGGAGAGGAGGGAAGGGUAGAGGAGUCAUCAGUCCGCUUUGGUAGCAGCUCGGUGUACAUGGCGUUUGGGUGCAGCGAAGGCGCAAGGUUACGGGACAAAUCCCAGAGGGAAAAGUCAUUGGUGUCUCAGACUCAGAGGGAUCACUGGGACUCCACAUCCACGAGCUCCAGCAGCAGUGUACCUGCAUCAGAACAGUUUAAGCGGCGCAGCUGCCAGAUGGAGUUCGAGGAGGGAAUUUCUGAGACGAGAGCCAGGGAAGAGCUGGGGAAAAUUGGAAAACAGUCAAGCUUCUCUGGAAGCAUGGAGAUCAUUGAAGUGUCCUGACAGAUAAUGGACCUGAUCCAAGCUGUCCUGUUUGGACAAAAAAUGGACCUGUUUCUAAAGGGAGUGCAAGAAAAGGAACAAUGAGAUGGAGCAGACGAAGGUUGUUGGGAUUUUUUAAAGCUCCUCUCCACAGACAGUGUUAAAGACUCCAACUGAGAGAAGGACAGAUUCAAGCUGAGAGUUAAUGUGAACAGUUUGCAAACCUGGACUGACAGAGCCUCAGAUGUGGUGUUUAGGUAGCCAUACUCAUCCUCUUACAAAUUUGAGGGAAGCGCCUGGGGAAAGGGGAAAUGAAGGUGUGACUGUUGGUACUGCAACUUUUAUUUAUGUGAUCUCCACCACAGGUUAAAGGAUAUCACCCCAAGCACACAUUGCAUCCUAUUAAAUAGAACUUCCUGAUAUUCAGACUCAUAAUGUUUGCCUGUGGUUAAAUGUAGUGUGUGCUUCCGUGGGUGUACAGCUUGUGAUUUGAUCCGAGCCCCAUCUUUCGUCUCAAAUCUCCAUCCCCGUAUCAAAGAACCUCAGAACCAUGCACGGCUCCAUCCGCCCCACCACCAACUUCCUACUUGUGGCUUUUUCCGCCCCAAAUGCUGCAAAACAACACCAACAACAGCAGUGGACUCCUUAAUAGUCUCCUUCUAUUAUCACAGCACAAAGCAGAGAGGUCCAACAAACUUGACUUAAAGACGGUACUGCAGUCAAGUGACGAAGGAUCCUCUACAUUCUGUCGAAGAAAGGACUAGUGUCAAUGGACGGUGUGUCCCUCCAAAGCACAGUGCAUCUUUCCUGACUUUAGCUCCUUUUGUUUCAAAUGUUAACAGCAUGACGAGACCAAGGUUUUUGGAUCCUCCUCCCCCCCCAGGCCUUUUCCCACUGAACCUAGCCACCAUCUAUGGCCCCAAGAGAGCAUGCACCUGAAAGGCUGACUACAGACAGACAAAUACUAUAUAUAUACAAUAUGAAUAUAUAUAGCAAUUUUGAUGAACUUUUGUUCAAUUCUAGUUUUUAAUUUAUUGUAUUGCUUCAUUCUGGUAAUGAGAAAUAAUAUAAUGUUUUGUGGAUUCUUUUGUUUUCUGUUAUUUUCUUCUGUUGAAUUGUUAUUAUUUGCUGUAUGGUAUUUAUGAACACACGCUCAUUACAAAUACACACAUUCAAACAAAAGUUCAAGCAAACGACAUGUGCUGUUCCUUCUUUUGAGAAAGUGAUGUAUGAGUUUGAGAUACACUUUCUUGCUGAGUGAUUACCAUUCACAUUCUGGCGACAUGAUACUCCGAAAGCAAAGUUUUUGCCUCUUGUUUUGUAGAAAGAAGGGCGUCCCACUGAUGAGAUCCAUCAGAGUAGGUCGUCUAUAUUGUGAGUUCAGGAGUUUGUCACAACUGAGGGCUCAAUAAUGACUGAAAAGACUGUUUAUUUCAGCUGUGAGAAGACAAGCAAAGAGUGGCCAAACAACUCUUUGAUCGCACUCAUAUAAGUUGAAAAAUGAGCCCGACUUACAGCAGCAUCAGUCCUGUGGAAAAGUGUUUGCCCCUUACUCAUUGAUUUUGAUUUUGCUUUGCAAUACAGAUUAAUUAUAUUUUGUGAUCAGGUCAAGUUGGUUUGGAUGGUUUUUAAUAUCUUAACAAAUGAGAUCAGCGUUUUCAACGUUAUUUUGUAUUUACUGUACAUGUUUUUGAUAGCAUGAAAGACGUCAGUUUGAGGCAAAAAAAUGCUAAAUCAAAACAAAUGUUCAAGGGGCCAAUACUUUUUGACAUUGUGUAUGCAAACAGGUACACACUUUCACGGUUUUAAGACCCACUCCGAGCCAGCAUCACAUGGUUUCCUACAACAGCUGAAACUAGACAAACAUUCACAUCACAAUUUAUGGUCCUUAUGCUUACAUUAUAUUCACACAUGAAUCCCUACAUGCACCCGUUCGUUCAUUCUCAGGGGAUCUAUGGUGAGCCAAGCCCAACACAGGGUACACAGCUGCUGGUACAUCAGCACAAUGCAUGUCCAUGAAGCACCCUCUCUCUGUUUUUAAAAUCAUUUAGAAAUUUCCAAAGCUUUGAUCACAAUAGCAUAACACAAUUGGAAGAAAUCUAAUCAGGACCUUCAUUUUUUUAAAGGGGAAAGAAAGAAAGUAAACUCACUCUCCUGGCGUGAGAAGGAUUAUUUAUUUAUAGUGUAAAAUGUGUUGAUAUUUUUAUUCUGACCCUGGAUUAGCUUUACUGUCUGGCGAUCUCUGACCUUUUGACCUUAUGCUGCUACAGCUACAAGUUCAGAUAGUCAUGUGUUUCCUGAGGAACCUUUUCCCCCUUUUUCCCUAUAUUUUUAAGAAUUGUUAUUUAUGCUAUAUAACAAGAAUGAUGCAGGCUGUCCCAUUUGCUACAUUGUUAUUAUUAUUAUUAUUAUUAUUAUGGUACAUAGCCACGCAUCUAAGAACACUGAUAAAUCUGACAAGUUUGUAAAAUGAAAUCCUGAUACCUUAGGCUGCUUGAUGCAAAAAUACCUCAGGUUCUAUUGAAAGGCUUUUCCUUCCCCUGUACAUGUUUUGUGAAAAUGAGACAAAAAUACAGA